AUGGGGACCUCCAGCAUCUUCCUCUGCCUCCUAUACCUCUGUGGGGCACUGGGUCUCAACACUUCUCCUGCCCCAAGACGGCUCCGCUGUUAUCUCUGCAAUUUUGCCAAACCCUGUUAUCCUGUCCCCACUGAGUGUCAGGAUGAUGAAGUUUGUAGCAUCAGCACUGGUACCUCAGAGCAGGGUGAGACCAUUGAACGGAGGGGCUGCAUCUUAAAGUCCCAGUGCCCCCUGCAAGGCCAAGCCACCUAUUGGUCUCGCUCCUACACGCUGCUGCACCGCUGCUGCCAUCAGGACCUGUGCAACUCGGCCAUGGCCCGGCAGAGGCUCCCCAGCCCCCUCCUCCUCACCACUCCACUUCUUCUUGCUGCUGGCUUCACCUGGGGAGGCCACCUCUUCCACUAG